CUCCGUCGUGCACAGGGAGCCAGCGCGGAGGAGGAGGAGGAGGAGGAGGAGGAGGAGGAUAAGGGGGGGGCAGACGCGGCAGCAGAGCGCUGCGAACCCUGCCGCAAGCGAGCGGCGAAUUAAUUGGGAGGAGCAGCAGACCCUUCCCCCCCCUCUCCCUCCCCACCCCGUUCCCUCCCCGGAGGAAUUACAGACCCUUCGCAACAAGCUCCUGGGCUUUGACCUUCAGCAAACCGGAUCGCCUUGCUCGCCCCCCCCGGCUCACACACUCACACACUCACACACCUCUCCCGGAUCCCCCUCCCCCUGCCUUGGGCUGGGCAGCGCCGGGGGAAGGUUUGCAGCGCGCGCGCACCCAGAGGAGGAGGGAAAAGAGGAAAGGGAGGAAAAAAAAAAGGGAGGAAAAAAAAAAAAAGGAAAAGGAUUUACAAAUUCGCUGGGUGGUUUUUGUUGUUGUUGUUGUUGUUGUCGUCGUCGUUCGUCGUCCUCCCCCCCGCCCCCGCCGCGAUGGGAAGGCGGCUCGGAGGGAUGCGAGGAGGAGAGCUGCGGGGGGAGGAGGCGGGGUGCUGAGCGCUCCGCUCGCCCCGCUGCUGCUGCCGCCGCCGCUGCUUUGUGUGUGUGUCCUGGAUUCGGCUUUUUUUUUUUCUUUUUCCUUUUUUUUUUUUUUUUUGGAGAAGGAGCCUGUGGCAGCCGCGCCGAGGAGAGGAAGAGGAGGAGUAGGGGGAAAGCCUUUUUAAUUCAUUUUCGACCCAAAUCCUGCGUUUCGAGCCUCUGCAGGCAGCCGGACUCGUGGUGGUGGCGGCGGUGUUGUUGUGGGUGGUGGUUGUGCGUGGGGUGUCCCCCCCACCCUCCCCGGCCGAGCGGGGAGCGGAGCCGCGGGGAUCCCGCCGGGGCAGCCCCGUCCCCGCGCGGGGGGACGGCGGAGCUGUUGUUGUUUUGUAAUAGGAUUGUCUGGGUCGCGCCCCCCCCUUCCCCUCCCUCCGCGGCCCUCCCAGUUUUUGUGUCUCUCUCUGUGUGUGUGUGUAUAUGUGCGUGUGUGCGGUGUUUGAAAAUGGAGGUUGAAGAUGCCGACUGCCAGCCCCGAUGUGCCUCGUGUUUGCGGCUCCUGUGCACGAUGUACCACCGCAGCCAGCGCUGAGGGGAGACGGCGGCGCCCCCCGCCCGCCGCCCCGAGCCCGCCCCGCCGCCCCGGAGACAGCGUCGCCCCGGGGCUUCCAUGCCUUGUUGUUGUUGCCGUUAAUACAUCGUGAAUAUCUCGUGUAUUUUUGGUGUGGUUGCUCCGGAAGAUCAACACCCAGGGACCUCAACAACCCUCCGGUUCGCCGCUCUCCGAAGGGUCUUGUUUUUUUUUUUUUUUCUUGUUUUUUUUUUUUUUUUCAUUUCUUGAGGCAACGUGGAUUUAUUUACCGUGCCCCGCUUCUCCGCCGCCGCUCGUUAUUUUUAGAGGACGGGGAGAGGAAAGAAAGCGAACAAUUUCUGGACUUUUUUUUGUUUUGUUUUCGGAAAGGGGGAUUUUGUCCAAUUAAAGAAAGAGGAAUGAAGUCUGGCGCUGGAGGAGCGUCCCUCGCCGUCGUCUGGGGGUUCCUGCUCGUCUUCGGCGCACUUUGUCUGUGGCCAACAAAUGGAGAAAUUUGCGGGCCAAACGUCGACAUUCGCAAUGAUAUCCACGAGCUCAAGCGCCUGGAGAACUGUACGGUGAUCGAGGGGUUCCUGCAGAUCCUGCUCAUCUCCAAGGCAGAGGAUUACCGCAACUUCCGCUUCCCAAAGCUCACCGUCAUCACGGACUACCUGCUGCUGUUCCGCGUGGCGGGCCUGGAAAGCCUCAGUGAUCUCUUCCCCAACCUCACCGUCAUCCGGGGCAGGAACCUCUUCUACAACUAUGCCUUGGUGAUCUUUGAAAUGACAAAUCUCAAAGAGAUCGGGCUCCACAACCUGAGGAACAUCACCCGCGGCGCCAUUCGCAUCGAGAAGAACUCGGACCUGUGUUACCUCUCCACGGUGGACUGGUCUCUCAUCCUAGAUGCGGUGUCCAAUAACUACAUCGUUGGGAAUAAACCUCCAAAGGAAUGUGGGGACUUGUGCCCGGGAACGAUGGAAGAGAAGCCGCUGUGCGAGAAGACAUCCAUUAACAAUGAGUACAACUACCGCUGCUGGACCACCAACCACUGCCAGAAAAUGUGCCCCAGCUCGUGUGGGAAGCGAGCCUGCACAGACCAGAAUGAGUGUUGCCACCCUGAGUGCCUGGGGAGCUGCACGGCCCCGGACAACAACACGGCGUGCGUGGCCUGCCGCAACUACUACUACGAGGGGGUCUGCAUGCCCACCUGCCCCCCCAACACCUACAAGUUCGAGGGCUGGCGCUGCGUCACCAGGGAGUUCUGUUCCAAAGUCCCCGCCACGGAUGCCAGUGAGUACGAGAAGUUCGUGAUCCACAACGACGAGUGCAUGGCCGAGUGUCCCUCCGGGUUCAUCCGCAACGGCAGCCAGAGCAGCAUGUUCUGCAGCCCUUGUGAGGGGCCCUGCCCCAAAAUCUGUGAGGACGGGAAGACGAAGACCAUUGACUCUGUCACAUCAGCACAGAUGUUGCAGGGCUGCACAAUCCUCAAGGGGAACCUGCUGAUCAACAUCCGCCGUGGCAAUAACAUCGCCUCAGAACUGGAGAAUUUUAUGGGGCUGAUUGAGACAGUAACAGGGUAUGUGAAGAUCCGUCAUUCCCAUGCUUUGGUCUCCCUGUCUUUCCUGAAGAACCUGCGGUAUAUUCUGGGAGAGGAACAGGUGGAUGGGAAUUAUUCCUUCUACGUGCUUGACAACCACAAUCUUCAGCAGCUCUGGGACUGGAACCAUCAUAACCUGACUAUCAGUGAGGGGAAAAUGUACUUUGCAUUUAAUCCUAAACUGUGUGUUUCUGAGAUUUACCGCAUGGAGGAGGUUUCAGGAACCAAGGGACGGCAGAGCAAAGGAGAUAUAAAUCCAAGGAACAAUGGGGAGAGAGCCUCUUGUGAAAGCAAAAUUCUGCAUUUUGUUUCCAACACUACCCUCAAGAACAGGAUUAAACUGACGUGGGAGCGGUAUCGGCCUCCAGAUUACAGAGACCUCAUCAGCUUCACCGUGUACUACAAAGAAGCACCAUUCAAAAAUGUGACAGAGUAUGACGGGCAAGAUGCGUGUGGCUCCAACAGCUGGAACAUGGUUGAUGUUGACCUGCCACCAAACAAAGAGAACAAUCCUGGAAUUCUGCUGCAGGGAUUGAAACCUUGGACUCAGUAUGCCAUUUAUGUCAAGGCUGUUACCCUCACCAUGAUGGAAAACCAUCAUAUUCAUGGAGCAAAAAGUGAAAUCAUAUAUAUACGAACCAAUGCUGCGGUGCCAUCCAUUCCCUUGGAUGUUAUUUCAGCCUCCAACUCCUCAUCCCAGCUGAUUGUGAAAUGGAAUCCUCCCUCUCUUCCCAAUGGCAACCUCUCCUACUACAUCGUGCGCUGGCAGCAGCAGCCUCAGGACAGUUACCUUUACAGACACAAUUAUUGCUCCAAAGAUAAAGUCCCAAUUCGAAGAUAUGCUGAUGGGACCAUUGAUACAGAAGAAGCUACUGAGCCCACCAAGCCAGAGGGCUGUGGGGGGGAAAAAGGACCUUGCUGUGCUUGUCCCAAGACAGAAGCAGAAAAGCAAGCUGAGAAGGAGGAAGCAGAGUACCGCAAAGUCUUUGAGAACUUCCUUCACAACUCCAUCUUUGUCCCUAGGCCCGAUCGGAAGCGGAGGGACGUGUUCCGGAUCGCAAACGCCACUCUGGCCGCUCGGAACAGGAACGUGACGGGGACAGAUCACUUCACCAACGCCUCUGACGCUGAGGAGAGCGAGGUGGAGUACCCCUUCUUCGAGACCAAGGUGGAUGGCAAGGAGAGAACCGUGAUCUCCCACCUCCAGCCUUUUACCCUUUACCGCAUCGACAUUCACAGCUGCAACCACGAGGCCGACACGCUCGGCUGCAGCGCUUCCAACUUCGUCUUUGCCAGAACCAUGCCCUCAGAGGGAGCAGAUAACAUUCCAGGAACGGUAUCAUGGGAAGCAAAAGAGGAAAAUACCGUCUACCUGAAGUGGUCAGAGCCUGCAAGUCCAAAUGGGCUGAUCCUGAUGUAUGAAAUCAAAUAUGGGCAGCACGGAGAGGAGAAGCGGGAAUGUGUUUCCAGACAGGAAUACAAGAAGCUUGGAGGAGCUAAACUAACUCACCUGAACCCUGGGAACUAUUCUGCCAGAGUUCAGGCCACUUCCUUAGCUGGAAACGGGUCCUGGACUGAGCCAGUCUCUUUCUAUGUGCAGCCCAAAUCAAACUAUGGAAACUUCCUGCACUUGGUAAUUGUGCUCCCUCUUGCUCUGCUGCUCAUCAUUGGGGGAUUGCUGAUAAUGCUGUAUGUCUUUAACAAAAAGAGGAACAGUGACAGACUGGGCAAUGGAGUACUUUAUGCCUCUGUGAACCCCGAGUACUUCAGUGCCUCAGACGUGUAUGUUCCAGAUGAGUGGGAGGUGCCCCGUGAGAAGAUCACCAUGUGUCGGGAGCUGGGGCAGGGCUCCUUUGGAAUGGUGUACGAGGGAAUAGCCAAGGGAGUGGUGAAGGAUGAGCCAGAGACCAGGGUGGCCAUCAAGACUGUCAAUGAGUCUGCCAGCAUGAGGGAGAGGAUCGAGUUCCUCAAUGAGGCCUCGGUGAUGAAGGAGUUCAACUGUCACCACGUGGUUCGGCUGCUUGGUGUUGUUUCUCAGGGCCAGCCCACGCUGGUUAUCAUGGAGCUGAUGACACGUGGGGACCUCAAAAGUUACCUGAGAUCGUUGAGGCCAGAUACAGAGAACAAUCCCGGGCAGGCCCCUCCGACCCUGAAGAAGAUGAUCCAGAUGGCAGGGGAGAUCGCGGACGGGAUGGCCUAUCUCAACGCCAACAAGUUCGUGCACAGAGACCUGGCUGCCAGGAACUGCAUGGUGGCAGAAGACUUCACAGUGAAAAUUGGAGAUUUUGGCAUGACAAGAGAUAUCUACGAGACAGAUUAUUACCGGAAAGGAGGGAAGGGGUUGCUGCCUGUCCGCUGGAUGUCCCCGGAAUCCCUGAAAGACGGAGUCUUCACGACGCACUCCGACGUCUGGUCGUUCGGGGUGGUGCUGUGGGAGAUCGCGACGCUGGCGGAGCAGCCGUACCAGGGCAUGACCAACGAGCAGGUGCUUCGCUUCGUGAUGGAGGGGGGGCUGCUGGAGAAACCAGACAACUGCCCUGACAUGCUGUUUGAACUGAUGCGCAUGUGCUGGCAGUACAACCCGAAAAUGAGACCCUCCUUCCUGGAAAUCAUCGGUAGCAUCAAAGACGAGCUGGACCCAGCCUUCAAAGAGGUCUCCUUCUUCUACAGUGAGGAGAACAAGCCUCCGGACACAGAGGAGCUUGACUUGGAGACUGAGAACAUGGAGAGCAUUCCUUUAGAUCCCUCCUCCACCCUCCAACCCGCUGACAAGCACUCAGGACACAAAGCCGAGAACGGCCCCGGCGUGGUGGUGCUCCGGGCCAGCUUCGAGGAGCGACAGCCGUACGCGCACAUGAACGGGGGCCGCAAGAACGAGAGGGCCCUGCCCCUGCCCCAGUCGUCGGCCUGCUGAUCCUCCGAGCCCCGCAGGAACACCGCCCAGAGAAACACAGGCAUUGGGGGAAGAAAGAAAGGAAAAAUCACAAUAUAUUCAAAAGCCUACUGUACCUCAGUGGAUCUUCAGAACUGCCAUAGCUGCACUUGGGAGAACCCUUUUUUCAGUAAACAAGUUGCCGUAUUUUUCUUUUUUUCGAUAUGCAAGCAGAUGUUUGUUUCAGUCAAGGACUCCAGUCAUGGGGCACACAGUUGGCCUUUUAAAAACUCUUAAUGUUAACACUUAAUAGCAACAGAAAACUUGAGAUCUGAUGUCUCUCUCUCUCUCUCUCUCUCUCUCUCUCUUCUCUUUCCUCUCUCUUCUUUUCUCUUUCUUUCUGUCUCUCUUUUUGCUUCAUAAUGGGAAACAUAUCUGCGUGCAAGUUCAACCGUACAGCACUUUUAUCAGAUCAAAGAUAUCGCAGGCCAGGUGGUUCCCAGUACCCCUGCAAGCACCUGCCUAACACUGUAGGUCUUUAUAAAAAAAAAACACAAACAAACAAAAAAAAAACCACACACACGAAAAAAAACUAAACUAAAAAAGACUGGAUUUUUAAUGUUGCUCUUUAAUCUUUUUAGGAACACGUAAAAGAAUACAAAAGGGCCAUCAUUCGUCCAAGGCUGUUACCAUUUUCAACGCUGCCAAAUUUUGCCAAAAAAAUGAACUCUUUGUUUUUUGUUUUCGUUUUCUUUUUUUUUUUUUGUUCUUUUUGUAGGCGUGGAAGGAGCACAGUAAUCAACUGCUCUGUUCAAAAGAGAUCCUGACCAAUAAGUUCUAUUCAGUCAUGCACUGGUAUUUAAAAAAAAAAAAAAAAAAAAUUAGAAAAAAAAUCAAAUUGUCUAGAUCUUUUUUCAAAACUGGACAAAAUGUGAUUUUUUUUUUUUUUCUUGUGAUGGAGAAGAUAAAAGGGAUGGGGUAAAGAACCAGCCCUCCCUCCACCCCUGUCCCUAUCCCAUUCUGGACAAAACUGGCAGUGGUGAGCUAAACAAACACGUGCAUUUCAUACAAAAAAAGUCAACCGCACGCCAAAAACGAAUUAUGAGAAACCUGAACCUAAGCGGCCGAGAUCUCCAUCGGUGCAGCCUGUCCUUCCUCCACAGGCUGGCGAGGAAAAACACCUAGAAACAUAAAUUGGAGAAGACAAAAAAAAGCAGUAACCGGAUUCAAGUAUAUGAUGCUUUGUUGACCUUUUCUCUUUAUUAUUAAGACUUCUCGAAGGGUCUUGCAGUUCUAUGUUAGACCAUGGAUCAUUUGCAUACACAUUGUCUUUUGUGUCACUUUUAUAACUUUUUUACGGUUCAGAUACUCAUCUAUAUGUCUGUACAGAAAAAAGCUGCUAUUUUUUUUGUUCUUUAUCUUUGUGGAUUUAAUCUAUGAAAACCUUCAGGUCUGCCCUCCUUUCCCUUCCCUUCCACUUCAACAAAUUUUCUUAUGCUUUGUACUAUAGUGUGUAACCUUUACUUCCUCCUUCCCGGUAACCGCUACCUUGAAUUGCCAUGAACUGUUUAAUGCCUUUUUAUAAAUACAUUUCCUCCUUUUUUUUUUUUUUUUAAAUUUUAUUUUAUUUUAUUUUUUUUUCCCAUUAGUUGUUUUACAGCAUCUUGGCUGUGUGGGCUUACAGGGCUUUUGAGGGGGACACGGAGAAAGAAGGGACACCCCGCACGGGAACACUCUGGCAGUGCUGUGGUGUGGUGUUUUUAAGCCCCGGUUUUCCUUCCUUCCCACUAACCUCUGCCCAGGCAGCACGGGAGUCUCUUACAGUGCAAGGCAUGAUACAAACUCAGGUCAGAAACAAAAGGUUAAAUAUUUAGUACAUUCUUGUUCAGUGUUUAUAUUCAUUGUUGUACAAGGGUCCUACCCCUCGUCCCCUCCCCGCUUGUUUUGGUCGUGGCACACCCCCCCCACCCGCCCAUCCCCACACAGACACACACACACACAUGUAUUCUUUUUAAAUUAUUUGUUGGGUACAACAGCAGACAACCAGGCUUUUGGGUCACUGAUCUGUAAAAAGACUAUUUAGCCCUCCCACCCUGUGAACAAGAGCUAUGCCAGGUGCAGCUGGCGAUGAUGCCAGGCAUUCCUAGGGUGGCCACUGAACACCUGGCUCCAGCCAACCCCAGCUCUUCUCCUUCCUGAUGGGAAAGCUCUCAUGGAGGGAAACCCUCCUGGGAGGGCACCUGAGCUGCACUUCACACCCCUGGUGAGGAAAACAAGCACCAACCAAACGAAGCCACCACCCCAUUUCUGUGGAGCUGGGUGGAAAGCACAGAGCUGGGGCCAGCAGCUCGGCUGGCAAACGGUGAAGUGUUGGCAGCUAUGGAAACCUGUACAAGUCCAAGCUUGUGGCUUAAAUCAUAGACCAAACCUCAGAACAAAAGAAAACGAGUGAGCUUGUUUGCUCAGUUGCAGAAGCCUUGGUGAGAGGGGAAGGAGGGGCCGUCAGGAAGUCGACAACCAAGGAGUCGCACCAGUUGCUCAUCUUACCUUAGUUCCAGUGUCUGGGCCUUUGUUUAGCACUGAUCCAACCAAACGAUGGCAGGAAGAGGUGGUUCUGGGAUGGAAACGUUCAAAUCUUUUGAGUAAGAACAGUGAAUUAAAAUAUACUGAUUGCUAGUUUUGACUGGAGAUUUUAAAAAGUUUGUAGUGCUUUUUGCUUGUGUAGUUUAGGUCCCAUUAUCUUCUCUUGCCUCUGUCCCGUAGUUAUUUUUCCCUUUUAAAAAUGGAAAAGACAAAAAAGUUAAUUAAGAAGGUAUUCUAUGUAGGAUUUUUUAUUUAUUUUUGUGAUAUCAGUUUAAAUCACUGUAGAGAUGCCCCAUAACGAAUUUAAAUACUAAGAUAAGGGUUUUAGAGUAUGACAGGGGGACAGUUUUUGAUUUUUUUUUUCAAACAUUUAUCUACCUCACUCUUAUUUUUUUAUAUGUGUGUAUAUAAAAAGAAUACAUCUCACAUUUCUCAGCAGCCAAUAAAUGCCGUUGAUACUGGUAACCUCUCACUCCAUAUACCACAUGCUCUAGGUUCUGGAGGGGAACAAUCACUGCCUGUCACAAAGGGUCACUUCAGAAUAUUUGCCGCAAUUCCAAGGGGUUUCUCCAGCUUUUUGCAUCAGAUUCGUUAUUGUGAGGAGAAAUCCAAGAGUUGUCUGACUUAGGGUGACCAUUCUUCAAGGAAACACAGAGGCUUUUUAAUGUGCUGUCACAGCAGUCUGUGGGUCAGCAGCAAAGCACUGCAUGUUUGGAGGAGUGGAAAUGUAGGUGACCUGAUACAGGGACUUCAAAUUGUGAGUAGUUGCUGAAAUCUGUUACAGAAAUCAACUGUUUACAAUGUUUGGAGGUCCAGAAGAAACACUAAAGGGAAUGGUCUUUCUGUUUGUCCUGUAGAAUGGGCUAAGUCAUUCCUGCCAGUUCUUGCUCAGAUGUCACAAGCACCAGCAAGACAUUUGGCUGAAUCAGAACCCCAAAAUAAAUUGGCUCAUACAGCGAUAGCAUCACUUUCUUGACCAAAAAACGUGUCACAGGCUGCCUGAUGAUCCUGCUAGAUCGAGUUUACAGCUUUGGGUCUUUGCUGCUUCUGUUUGAUGAGAGCACUGAUUUGUUGUUUUGUUUUUUUUUUUUAAUUUUUUUCCCCCAAACCAAAAGAAUUGGUUUCUUUUAACGUGCCAGUAAAAAGUCAGUUCCCUUUUCUUCCCCUGUUUAUACACCUUAUAACUGUGGAUUCUGAUGGACCAGCCAUCAAAUUUUAACUGCCCUCUGACAGCGUGUAACUGGUUUACAAGCACACAGGACUAACACGAGCUUGCCAUCAAUUUGAUGUAUAAUGUUUCCCUUUUUCCAGCUCUGGCAGCUGUUCCUGCAGGUGUUGGUUGUGGUAUCUGAGUAAUGUGGUGCUUGGAGUUGUACACGGCCUCUUGGAUACACAGUGCUGUGGUUAAUUCUGACAGUUUGUCUUUGGAGGGAGCAUUUCUCCCUAGUCCUGAGAAACCAGCAAAAUUGGAAGUUUUCAUUAGAUGGGUUUGGUUUUUCCAUGUUUGAUAACGUUCCAGUGCCCUUUGGGUGCAGUGGUUGUUCCCCUCCCUUGCACAUAUUGAUUACCACAACUGGAGAUCCUCAGAUCUUUCAGCUGGCUGGGAGGGUUUUGUUAAAACUGUCCGAGUUACUGGUUUGUAGAAUUGUAUGUAGGUGGUUUUACAAUGCAUUAGGAAGAAACACUAAUGGCGUAGCAUCACGAGAAACAUUUCAAAAAGCACUUCAGUAGAAGACAGUCACAGGGCCUCACAUACAUGUGUGUGAUGGCAGUCAGCUCUCCUGGACCAAACCACCUUCAUGAUACCAUUGCGUUCUGUGUUUGCAGUUCAAGCUUAAUUCCUUUUUUGUUCUGUUUGUUUCCAUAGCUUUUUUUUGUUGUGUUUUGUGCAUUUUGAAUAGCUUUAUUCACAUGGGUUUUUCAUGCAGACUUCCCUUGGACAGUAAAUCGAGUUGUUUGUGCAUGUGAA